AUGGGAGUGAUGAUCCACGUUAUCGGCGAUGCAAUCAAUAACCUGGGGGUCAUGGCCGCCGGUCUGGUUAUCUGGCUCGCUGCACCCCAUACCGGUGAAAGUGGCCGAAGGAUUGUGGGGAUCCUCGAGCACAAUCCCACCGAGAACCCAUCCGACUACAGCAAUCAAGGCAUUGACCACAUGUAUCCUACUGCAAGAGCCAUUUAG